GAGAAACUGAGGCUCGUGGAGUCUGGCGCUGUGCCCAAGGUCACAGUCCCCGGCAGAGCCCGGUUUCCGAAGCGUCUGCCGGCCCUUGAUGUAGCCCGCAGGACCGUAGCGGGGGCCGCAUGAACUUCCUCCCGUGGCCUUCGUGCUGCUCCCUUUGGAGGGCGGGGGAGGAGCUGGGCGCCCCGUGGCUUGCCCCGCGCCGGCUGCUGUCCCCGUUUAUGUGACUCGAGGAGAGGGCUGGCAAGGAGCGUCAGCGUCGCUGUGUUGUCAGUUAGGGUCCGUUUUGGUUUCUCUCAUGAAUACCAAGUGAAAACCGGUUUCCAUUCAGAACAGUGAUACAAGCUUUACUUUUAAAAAAUCUAUCAGUUUUUGUAAACUGGGUCUCUUUAAAGAAAAGUAGCAAGUUCGGAAGUCCGGAAAUGCAGGAAUGACAAGCCGGGACUUCCAGUGGGCAGUCUGGAGUCCCUUUGCCUGGGUGCCAAAAGGCCCCUCUGUUCACUGGCCUGGCGACCUCAGGCCAAACACUGAAGGCCUCCGAGCCUGUUUGCUGAUCUUUGAGAGGGCUAAAAAUAGCACCUUCCCGGUAAGAGUUUAGGGGACAAAUCCAUGAGCUGAUGCAGGCCUCAUUGCAGUGCCACAUGCCCAGCAAGCGAUUCCUGAACAUUCUGUAGCUUUUCAGUAAGUGGGAGACCUCACCAUGCCUCCUGCGCAGAUGGAGAAACUUCCUUCCUUGCCUUCUCCUCUCCGUCUGACAGGUGGCACGUAGGUCGUGUCUAUAAAUCCUGAGCCCUGUUUGGGGUCCUCACAAGUUUAGCACCCGCUGCACACACCAGGCUGCCUCCUGGUGAUCCUUCAGGGCUCAGCCCAACUGUUCCUUCCUCCAGGAAGCCUUCCCUGACCACCAGUGAGGCCUUGGUUGCCUCCACUGGACCCCUCUCCAUCCCAUGGGUGUGGAUCUUCGCUGUACUCAUCAUCUAGAACGAUCUCUUGACCAACUAUCUCAGCCACAUCAGCCGUGGCACGGGCGGGUGCAGGACCCCAGCAGAGGCACUGAGACCAUGGGCAGCAGCGUCAGCAGCACAGAGGAGAAAAAGCAAAGCAAGACACAGCAGCUGAAAAAGGUCUUUCAAGAAUAUGGUGCUGUUGCCGUGUCAGUGCACAUCGGGAUCUCAUUAAUCUCCUUGAGCAUAUUUUACAUGGUUGUUUCAAGCGGUGUGGACAUGUCUGCAGUCCUGCUUAAACUUGGAUUUAAAGAGUCGCUGGUACCAUCAAAAGUAGCAGCAGGCACAAGCACCUUCGUGGUGGCCUAUGCGAUCCACAAGCUGUUUGCACCCGUGAGAAUCAGCAUUACCUUAGUCUCUGUGCCCUUGAUUGUCAGAUAUUUUCGAAAAGUGGGAUUUUUUAAACCUCCAGUUGCAAAACCUUGAUGAACUCUUCAGUUGUAGGCCCUGAAACCAGUUUGUUUUAAAUUACACAAUUUUUACCUGUUUUGGCUUUAGGGUUGUAAGGUUUCUUCAGGAGAGUGAGGGGAAGCAGAGAGCUAACUGCUGUGUUUUCAUAGAUAAAUUUUUACCUUUACGAGCAAAAAUCAGGCAUUUCAAUAAUUAUAAAUUUUUCUGCUACAUAAAUUUUGUUAAUGCUAUUCAUCACAGGGCUUGUAUACAUAAUCUAAAAUGUCAGCAAGACAUCACAAAUGAGUUAACAUCUCAAAACAGACUACAGGAUGUUCCCUCUGGAAGAACUUUGGAGAGGAUCUGUCUGCAAAAGCUCCAGGGGGUUAAUCUUUGCUCAAAUUCUCAAAAAUGAUUAAUUUAGCUGGCCUUUUAAAUUCCCCUUCCUCCAUUGUCAGCUGCUCACCGUUUAAUAUGCAAUAUUCUGCAAAACAGCUGCCAGUGCAACAAUUAAUGAAGCAAAACUUAAUGUGUAAUCACAAUCAGAAUUAGCAUCAUUGCUUUGACAUUCAUUACACUUGUUUCAGGGAAAGAAAAACAAGUAUUUCUGGUAUGUUUCAUUGAUCCCAAAACACUUUCCAGUCUGGACAUGAUGGGGCCUAUCUCAGGUGGUUUUUUGAAAUUUCAUUAAAGUAGGUCAGGGACAUUUUCCUCUGUUUAGGUAAAAUGUGGAAACCUUGCACCCAGGAGCAGUGGCAUCACUUGGCUGCUGAAGCCCAUAUUCACAGAGGAAUUUACCAUACAUAGAAAGCUAAGACGAUCCUUGCUUCUCUUAGACAAUCUUUGCUUAACUCUCUGUAUCUCAAACGUCAGACAUUCCAGAACUGUCAUGAUGUUUACAUCGUCUCUGCUUAUAUUUUAAGUUAAAGUUAUGUACAUGAAAAGGAAAAUUAGUAGCACUUGUUAUGUGUCCCACCCGGUCGGCCCAGCACGAUGUAGGACUUCCCUCAGCCCUGCUCUGAUGCAGGCCUCGCUCGGCACUCUGGGAACCGAGCCAACCAGUCUGCCCAGCUGGGUGGUUGAGUUGCAUUUAUCUGUAAAUCCAUCUGGCUCCCAGUUCCUUGGUUUAAAGUUACAUUUGUGAUACUUGGAAAACUAAAGUGACUACUAACUGACCAUUCUGGCUUUAGUGACAUUUGGCCAUUGACAGUUCCCUAGUUAGCCCAGUUACCCACGUCAGUCAUCUCAAAGAAUCUUUGUGGGACAGGCUCUCCACUUGCAAGGUCUUUAACAUAGAAUCGUAUUUUUAUUUUUAAAGCAGUUAGCCCAUUGCCAAAAGAUUUUACUGGUUUAAAGCUGAAACUGUCUUUCUAGGACCUAAUUCCAAGAACUUCCCCAUAGCUGAGAUGCCCCAUACCAGCAUUAGGAAAUUCCUCGUGUGGACUGGACAGAGCAUUUUUAUCUCAUCUUUUGUUUAAAGUGAUUCGUUGGCUUCAGCUCCCCAGCCACCUUCUGUACCAGUCUCCCACUCAGACCCCCAGUGAUGCCUAUGCAAAAAUGCUCAGAGUGCCUCCUGCAGAUUCAAGGGCUUAAAACUUUGUGCUAAGAGUAACAGGAGUGGGCUAAAAGGGCAAGCAAUAAAACUAAUAUACCAAACAGCCAUUCUGCUCUCUAAGCCCCAAGCCCACUCCAUUUCUGUGGCCAGUGGUCAAAACAGAAAAGAACUGGAGGGGAUGAGGAGGUCAAAAGAUCAGGGAACUAAAGCAUUGUGUGAAUUCACCAGCAGGAUGUACAGAUUGCUUGUUUACAUUGUUUUUAUGUAACUAGGGAAAUAAAACUGAUUUUUAAAAUGCAA